AUGGGACCUACGACCCCAUCGAGCAUGCGCGGCCGGCUCCCCCCGGCCGACCCCUCCUCUCAACGCCGCCACCGAUUCUCGUCCAUUUUCUCCGACACCAGCCCAGGGGCGACACGUCUCCCCUGCCCCUCGCAACGGACGCAACGCGCCUACAAGCCGCCACAAUGCGUCACCCACAAGACAUCUGGCAAGGUGAUGGUGCUGAAGAUGAACCAGCAGCGGGCGAACAGGCCCAACAUGCUUCGCGAGGUGCAGCUCAUGAACAAACUGAAGCACCCCAACAUAUUAGGGUUCAUGGGCGUGUGCGUCCACGAGGGUCAGCUGCACGCUCUGACGGAGUACAUGGAGGGCGGCUCCCUAGAGCAGCUGCUGCUCGGCAGGCCGACGGUGCCCCUGCCACAGCCGCUGCGGGUCUCGCUGGCGGCGGACAUGGCAGCCGGCAUGGCCUAUCUGCACUCGCUGGGCGUCUUCCACCGCGACCUCACCGCCAAGAAUGUUUUACUAAAAAAGCACGGAGACGGUGAACUCACAGCCGUGGUGGCUGACUUCGGUCUCGCUGCAAAAAUACCUCAUCCGGUCAACGGAUACCGCUUGCCCAGCGUUGGGUCUCCGUGGUGGAUGUCGCCCGAGUGCCUCCGCGGCAGGUGGUACGACCACCGGUCGGACAUCUUCUCCUAUGGGAUCAUACUGUGCCAGCUAAUCGCCAGGGUGGACGCCGAUCCGGACGUGCUGCCCCGCACGGACAACUUCGGCCUCAACUACGUGGCGUUCGUCGAGCUGUGCGACGAGACCACGGUGCCGGACCUGCUGCGGCUGGCGUUCAACUGCUGCAUCUACGACGCUAAAGCGAGACCGCUAUUCCCCGAGAUAGUGAGCAAGCUCGCCGAAGUCAAGGAGGGCCUGGACGACUCCACGUGGGGUGGACACACGCCAAACAGCACAUUCGACAGCGACGAGGCGGAGUCGUCGGGGCCGCGCUCGUGCCCCGGCCUGUGGGCGUGGCGGAGGCCGGCGAGGCACCGCUCCGAGGGCAGCCCGCACCACCGCGACCGUAAGUGGCGUCCACCGCGGCUCGCUGUCGGAGCUCGAGUGGGCGUGGCGCGCCUGCGGCGGGGCGGGGCGGCGGCGGGGGGCGCGGCGCACCGGUCGGCGGGCGCGCUGGCCGCGCCGGCCGCGCCGCCGCGCCUCGCGCGCCUGCAGCGGCUCGCGCACGUGAUGGUGCUGCGCGACGAGCACGCCGCCCCGAGGGCGCCCCGCCGCGCCCUGCACGCCUUCCGCGGCGUGCACAAGAUACUGGAGGUGAGCGCCCCCGCCGUCCUAGCAGCUAUGCUCUCCCGGUACUUCGUGAUCACAGUCGCCACGGAGAUAUCGAACGUCAACUGGUUCUCCCUACGUAUGCUCACCCGGUUACUA